GGGGUGUGCGCAUGCGCGGAGGCGCAUCGAGCGACCUCGGAAGGGGCGGGGCGAGGCGCGAUGCGGACGGCGGGAGCAUGACAGGUGGCGGGAAGCGGCGGUCGCGCGCGGCGGAGCCGGCGGGAGAGCAGUGCGACAAAAACGGGGACGUCAAGAAGAGACGGUCAGGCCAGGCAGAGGCACGGGAUGCUCUCCAGCAAGAAGCAGAGACGUGCUAUCAGCUGAGGCUGCCUGAGGACUUCUACCAGUUCUGGAAGUUUUGUGAGGAACUAGAUCCAGAGAAACCAGCUGAUGCACUUGUGUCAAGUGUUGGGCUUACACUGGUUGGACCAUAUGACAUUCUUGCUGGGAAACACAAAAAAGCCAAAUCAACAGAUGUGAACUUCAGUCUUCACUGGAGAUUCUUCUAUGAUCCCCCUGAAUUCCAGACCAUACUUGUCGGGGAUAGCAAAACACAGUAUCACAUGGGAUAUUUCAGGGAUGUGCCAGAUGAGCUUCCAGUGUGGGUUGGUGCAAAUGAAGCAAGGAAGAGCUGUCUGAUUUCACAAGUUGGUGAUAAUGUAUUCGCUGCAGUCAAAUUAUUUUUGUCAAAAAAACUUAAGGAAGUGACUGAUAAAAAGAAAAACGCUGUUUUGAAAGACAUAGAUGAAAAACUAACAAGAACAGCAAAAGAAUUGGGUUAUUCUCUGGAACAAAAAACCAUGAAGAUGAAACAGAGAGAUAAGAAAGUGGUGACCAAAACGUUUCAUGGAGCAGGCCUGGUUGUUCCGGUAGACAAGAAUGAUGUUGGAUACAGAGAACUUCCCGAAACAAAUGCUAAUCUUAAGAAAAUAUGUAAGGCCAUUGUUGACGCUCCUACUGAUGAUGAGAGACUGAAGGCAUUUGCACCCAUUCAAGAAAUGCUCACCUAUGUUCAGUUUGCUAACGAUGAAUGUGACUAUGGAAUGGGAUAUGAACUGGGGAUGGACCUCUUCUGCUAUGGGUCACACUACUUCCACAAGACCGUGGCCCAGCUGCUGCCGCUCGCCUACAGCCUGCUGAAGAGGAACCUCUUCGCCGAGGUGAUCGAGGCGCACCUGGCGGACCGCAGGCAGGAGGGCCUGGACCGCCUGGCGCCCUGAGCCGGGGUCAGCGCCGGGGCCGCGCUCGCGUUGCGGGGUGUGGGCUGUUUUAUUCGUUGCGUGCUAUUUUUCCACGUGGAAACGCGUCCUGUGUGGUUAAUAAAGCUUUCCUAAGGACUGGCCGUCUCUUGCUCACCCUGGCGGCCCCCGACCCGUCCCCCAGAUGCCACGUUCAUGGGCGCAGCUUUCCCUUCUGCCGUGGGCACGAGGCACCGGCCUCGCUCUCACUGGUGAAUGGAUUAGAAAGCAGCUAACGAUACAACGUUAUAAAGUGAUUCCAUUGGAUUUCCUACCUUGUUGCGUUCAUGCUGUUUUCCAAUGUUUUCUCUAUUUUGCGUUUAUUAAAAUAGACCCAAAGUGACUUAGAACAAGA